AUGGGUAGAAGUAAGGUCAAUCCUAUUUCGGGAGAGGAAGUCCUUGAAUUCUUACUCCUUAUGCCUGAUGAUGAAUUACCUAUCUUGGGCUCCCGAAAUGCAGGGGAACUAAUCGUUAUAGCUGCUUGGUAUUUAUGGUGGAAUAGACGGAAACUAGUCCAUGAGGGUCUAGCCUGUCGAGGGGAAGGCUUGGGACGAGAUAAUGGUGAGUUCAUUGCUCCUCCUGUUAAGCAGCUAGGCAAUCUUAUAAAUUUGCAAUUUAUUUUGGCAUUGGUCUCAUGCCUUUUCCUAAAUGGUGCCACUUCACAGGCAAGCCUUGCUGAUUCGUUCUUGGCUGAUCUUGACGAACUUUCAGACAAUGAAGCCUACCCUGAAGAAGACAAUGCUGAGGCAGUGGGUAUGGAUGAGGAUGGUGACGAUGAUAUGCCUGACCUUGAGUCUCUUAAUUAUGAUGAUCUUGACAGCGUCUCAAAACUGCAGAAGACACAACGUUAUUCUGACAUAAUGCAAAAAGUUGAAGGAGCACUUGAGAAAGACACAUAUUUGUCUAAUCAAGGGUUCAUCCUGGAGGAGGAUCCAGAGUACCAGCUUAUUGUAGAUUGCAAUGCCUUAUCAGUAGAUAUUGAGAAUGAGCUCAUUAUAAUACAUAAUUUCAUCCGUGACAAGUAUAGGCUGAAGUUUCCUGAACUGGAAUCCCUUGUUCAUCAUCCGAUUGAUUAUGCCCGUGUUGUUAAGAAGAUUGCAAAUGAGGUGGAUAUAACACUAGUAGAUCUGGAAGGGCUCUUGCCUUCUGCAGUUAUAAUGGUUGUCUCUGUGACAGCAUCGACAACUAGUGGGAAGCCUCUUUCUCAAGAGAAUUUGGUAAAAACAAUUGAAGCAUGUGACAGAGCCCUUAAUCUUGAUGCUGCAAAGAAGAAGGUGCUUGAUUUUGUAGAGGGUAAAAUGGGUUACAUCGCACCAAACCUAUCUGCAAUUGUUGGCAGUGCUGUUGCUGCAAAAUUGAUGGGAAUUGCUGGUGGUUUGGGAGCACUUGCAAAAAUGCCUGCUUGCAAUGUUCAGCUACUUGGAGCAAAGAAGAAAAAUCUUGCUGGAUUUUCUAGUGCCACAUCUCAGUUUCGUGUUGGCUAUCUUGAACAAGCCGAAGUAUUUCAGAGCACUCCUCCAGCUCUGAGGACCCGUGCUUGCAGGGUUAUAGCUGCAAAGGCAACUCUAGCAGCAAGAAUUGAUUCAACUAGAGGUGAUCCAACUGGAAAAGCUGGCCGCAACUUGUUAGAAGAAAUUCGCAAGAAGAUCGAGAAGUGGCAAGAACCACCUCCUGCAAAGCUUCCAAAACCACUUCCUGUUCCAGAUUCCGAGCCUAAAAAGAAGAGAGGUGGUCGCCGCCUUCGAAAAAUGAAAGAAAGAUAUGCGGUGACUGAUAUGAUGAAGCUUGCAAACCGAAUGCAGUUUGGCAUACCAGAGGAGAGCUCAUUAGGUGACGGUUUGGGGGAAGGUUAUGGCAUGCUUGGGCAGGCCGGAAGUGGGAAACUACGUGUCUCAGCUGCGCAAAACAAACUUGCUGCUAAAGUGGCAAAGAAAUUCAAGGAGAGGAGUUAUGGUAGCGGCGGUGCAACAUCUGGACUGACAUCUAGUUUGGCCUUUACACCAGUUCAGGGAAUAGAGCUGUCAAACCCACAUGCCCACGGCAACCAUCUUGGAAGUGGAACCCAGAGCACCUAUUUCUCUGAGACGGGCACAUUUUCUCGGAUCAAUAAUAGGCCAUGA